AUGCCUGACUUCAAGCUCUCGGCAACCCUUGAGGGCCACGGCGAUGAUGUUCGCGCCGUGGUCUUCCCAAACCCCAAUGUCGUCCUUUCCGCUUCUCGAGAUGCCACAGUUCGGCUCUGGAAGCUUGUCGCGACUCCUCCCCCCGCAUACGACUACACGAUCGCUGCACAUGGCACAGCCUUCAUCAACAGCCUGGCCUACGUUCCUCCUACAUCGCAAUACCCCGAAGGCCUUGUUCUAUCUGCUGGACAAGAUUCAAUAAUUGAAGCCAGACAGCCGGGCAAAGGCGCAGAGGACAACGCCGAUGCCAUGCUUCUAGGCCACGGCCAUAAUGUCUGUGCUCUUGAUGUGUCCCCGGACGGUAGCUGGAUUGUCAGUGGAAGCUGGGACUCAACUGCACGUCUGUGGAGGGUUGGAAAAUGGGAGAAUGAAGCUGUGCUGGAAGGACACGAGGCGAGCGUCUGGGCUGUGUUGGCCUACGACAACAACACAAUCAUCACAGGCUGCGCCGAUAAAAUGAUACGGAUAUUCAAUACCUCUGGAACACUUCUUGGAAGCGUACAGAACUCCAACGACGUCGUGCGGGCCUUGUGCAAGCUUCCCGCAUCGAACCCCACAGGCGCCCAAUUUGCAUCGGCCAGCAACGAUGGUAUCAUCCGUCUCUACACAAUUCAAGGUCAACUCGUCGCAUCUCUUCAUGGUCAUGAGAGCUUCAUUUACUCGCUUGCUGCGCUCCCAUCUGGUGAACUGGUCAGCUCAAGUGAAGAUCGUACUGUAAAGAUUUGGAGUGGAACUCAAUGUGUGCAAACCAUCACCCACCCUGCGAUCUCGGUGUGGAGUGUUGCAGCUUGCAGUGAGACAGGCGAUAUCGUCACUGGUGCUAGUGACCGCAUCGCCCGUGUUUUCAGCCGAAGCCCAGACCGCCAGGCAGCCCCGGAGGCUGUGGAUCUCUUUGACCAGGCUGUUAAGGAGUCAUCUAUUCCGGCGCAGCAGGUUGGCCAAAUCAAUAAGGAAGAGCUACCUGGUCCAGAAUUCCUUAAAGAAAAGUCUGGCACCAAAGAAGGUCAAGUUCAGAUGAUCCGAGAGAAUGAUGGCAGCGUUACCGCACAUACCUGGUCAUCCGCAUCUGGAGAGUGGAUUGCCGUUGGAACGGUGGUGGACUCAGCUGGGAGCAGCGGCCGGAAGACUGAAUACCAUGGACAGGAUUAUGACUACGUCUUUGAUGUCGACAUUGAGGAUGGCAAGCCUCCAUUAAAGCUACCAUACAACGCCUCGCAGAACCCAUACGAGGCUGCCACCAAGUUUAUUGGAGAUAACGAGCUUCCUAUGACCUACCUCGACCAGGUUGCGAACUUCAUCACUCAGAACACCCAAGGCGCCACGAUUGGACAAUCAGCCCAGGAACCAGAAGGCUCCGAUCCUUGGGGAUCGGACCGGCGAUACCGCCCUGGUGACGCAUCAGCUGCUGAAGAGUCACAACCCCCUGCUCCCGACCCGCGGCCCAAGGUGCUCCCGCAGAAGACUUUCCUCUCGAUCCGCUCAGCAAACCUCAAAGUAAUUACGAAGAAGUUGCAGGAGUUGAAUGAAAAAUUAGUUUCAGAUGGAUCAAAGGAUGCGGCCUUGAGCCCUUCGGAGGUGGAAACCGUUGUCGCCAUGUGCGGUCAAAUGGAAUCAACUCAGCAGCUCAAAGACUCGCCCGAGGUUGAAUCUGGCAUACCAUUAAUUCUCAAGAUUGUCACUUCCUGGCCUGCCGCCAACCGACUCCCUGGUCUCGAUAUUCUCCGCCUCCUAGCAGCCGCCUCACCACUUACAGCAACGGCCGAGUACGCGGACGAGAAUGUUGUGUCAGGCGUCAUCUCUAGCGGUGUCUUCGAAUCUCCUCUUAAUGUCAACAAUGCCAUGCUUUCCAUGCGUACAUUUGCAAACUUGUUCGAGACCCCCGCUGGCCGCGAACUGGCCAUGAGCUCCUUCGACCAGAUCCUGGCUGGAGUGAAGUCGGCUCUGGCUAACAGCGGAGCUUCACCAAACCGUAACCUCAUCAUCGCCAUCACGACGCUGUAUAUCAACUUUGCGGUUUACCUUGUUUCCGAGGGCAGGAGUCAAACCCCAGAAUCCGCUGAACGGGGUCUCGUCCUUCUCGAGGAACUCAACAAGAUCUUCAACGGAGAGAAGGAUUCUGAAGCAGUCUACCGAGCACUUGUUUCUCUUGGCACACUUGUUGCCGCUCUCGGCGAAGAAGUCAAGACUGCCGCCAAGGAAGUCUAUGAAAUUGAAGGUGUGCUCGCCAGACUUUCAGCAUCCGGCCCAGGCAGGGAGCCCCGCAUCAAGGGUAUUAUUGGCGAGAUUCGGGAAACACUCUGA